AUGCGGAAUCUCAACGCCCUCUUCCAGGCGAAGCCGUCGCUUCACCUAGGCUGGCCAAAGAAACUCGACCUGUCAGCCCUCAGACGACAGAGGAGAGCUGCAAAGGACCGAUCUUUUGACCCAGUGCUCGAACGUGUCUCCUCGUUACAAACUUCCUUUUCCGUCAUCGAGGGCAUCCAGAACUUCAAGGAACGUAAAUGGAGCUUAUUCGAUGUACAAUACUUUAUUCUGGCAACAAUUUGCCUAUUUUCGUUAUGGAUCAUCGACGUACAUGCACCCUUUAUCAAGUCUGCAGCUGUGUUGGCGUACACACUCCUGCUGCUGAUGCCAGCUACCAGCCAGUUCUUUCUGCCCUCGUGGCCCAUCUGGACCUACCUGCUCUACUUCUUCUCUAGUCGAUUCAUCCCAACAGAGGUGCGACCACAUAUCUGGGUCAAGGUCCUGCCCGCUUUGGAAAACGUCCUUUACGGCGCCAACCUGUCCAACAUUCUCUCGGCGCAUACCCACCCGAUCCUCGACGUAUUUGCCUGGGUCCCGUACGGUAUCGGCCACUUUGCCAACCCAGCCAUUUGCUCCGCCCUCAUCUUCCUGUUCGCAGCCCCAAAGACGCUCCCCGUCUUCUCCAAGGCCUUUGGAUGGCUGAGCAUCAUUGGAGUCACCAUGGCACUUGUGUUCCCGUGUACCCCGCCGUGGUACGAGAACCUGUACGGCCUGGCACCUGCCCACUACGGCAUGCCUGGCUCCCCCGCUGGCUUGGCUCGCAUCGACGCCCUUUUUGGCGUAGAUAUGUACACCACGAGUUUCUCGACUGCCCCAGUGCCUUUUGGUGCCUUUCCGAGUCUGCACGCCGGCGACGCGACCCUCGAGGCUCUAUUUAUGAGCUACUGUUUCCCGCGAUUCCGAGGUUUCUUCAUCUUCUACGUCGGCUGGCUGUGGUGGGCGACCAUGUACUUGAGCCACCAUUACGCCGUGGAUUUGGUGGGCGGCAGUCUGAUUGCUUCCAUCAUCUUCUUUAUCGGCCGAACGAGAUACCUGCCGCACCAGCAGGGCGACAAGUCAAACAGAUGGGAAUACGAUUUUGUUGAGAUCGGAGAGAUGAAGAAGUCGGCCGACGAAGAACUCGGCUAUGGCCUAGGACUCCUGGAAAGACGUGGCACUGGCGACAGCGACGAGUGGUCAGUCGGAAGCAGCACUCUCUACAGCCCAACAGUUGCCAGCGGAAGUGCAAGUCCCACUUCCGAGAGCCGUCGACACAGUAGAGAGUCCAGUAUCGCCGGAUCUUCUCCUCGAGCCUCGCAUUCUAGACAGACUUCCCAGGCGGGAUUCUGA